GUGGGGUUACGUCGCUACUUCUACGAACUGAUCGACAGUGAGCGUUCAGGGCUAAGACGGAACGGUUGAGAAGGUGCUUCGCGUGAACGUAGUCCAGUUGAAGAAGGCGCGGAGAGCGGACUCGGUCAGACGAUGACGCUGAGCGCAGCGUGGAAGCAGCUCUCCUGGUUCUAUUAUCAAUACUUGCUGGUGACGGCGCUCUACAUGCUGGAGCCCUGGGAGAGAACCGUCUUCAAUUCUCUCCUGAUCUCCGUGGCUGGGAUGGCGGUGUAUACGGGCUACGUGUUCAUGCCUCAACACAUCAUGGCCAUAUUGCACUACUUCGAAGUGCUCCAGUGAUGAAGUGUCUCAACCCCGGAGGAUCUGAGGACCUCUCCCAGAGGAUGAAGAGAAGAAUAUAAUUUUCAGGGCUAUUCUAGAUUGUUCUGUCCUCGGAAGAUGUUCGGCAUCCAAUAGAGAGAAGGUGGUCUGGAUAAAGGCAGAGGGAAACGCAGAGCGUAGUUUCUAUUUGUCAAGGGCCACGUUGUAGCUUUACCUUAAAAGUGGUUCGUGCAGAAAAUGUUUGGUUCCCAUGACUCUCUAAGCACAGGUACCGGUGUUAGAUUUGCCUUAUAUUCAUUCCGACUGGGAGUUUGGUUUGCUGUCUACCCUGUUUUCACGUUAAUGUGUAUAUAGAUGUAUACAUAUCUGUGUAAAGUUUUGUAGUAACUGUACGCCUUAGUGUUUUUUGCUACGGAUCAGUUUGAAAAUGGAAUUUUUUGAAAUCAUCACCGGACCUUUUCUGUACCUCUCACCAACAUCGAGAUCCUAUAGAUUGACUUUACAAGCAUUUUUAUGUGUUUUUAAUGUAUAUAAAAGUCUCUCAGGUGUUACCUUUGUGGAACUGAUACUUCUGAUAAAUGCUUUAAUAAAUGUUUAAAUUCCUGUGUUAGUGGCAGCUGAUUAUUUUAAUUUUUUUAAGCAUUUAUUUGCAUAUUGUAGCUCCGCCUCUGAGGAUUGUCAAGUUCUGUUACAUGUUAGCUAUAAGAACUGCACUUAAAAUAUUUGACUUAUUGGGGGCUGUGAUAAGAUCCUAUUAUGACUUUUUUGUGUAUGAAUUAUGGUGCAGUUGGUAGAGUUGGUGCCUUGGACUCAAAGGUUGCAGGUUUGAAUCCUAGCUUUAGUACCCUUGAGCAACGUACUUACCCUAAAUUACUCCAGUAAAAUUACCCAGCAGUAUAAAUGGGUAAGUAAUUGUAGGUAGUUUAACACUGUAAGUUGCUUUGGAGAAAAGCAUCAACUAAAUGUGAGUGCUUUCUUUUCCAUCAGGAAUGUAGUAUUAUUAAUUUCCAGAAAAUUCCAUUUUCCAGAAUUCAUGGGUAUAGAUGUACAUUAUGGCUUUUUUUUUUUUUUUCUCCCCCCUAUUGUUUGUCAGACUUUUAUCAUAGCAGCUUGAGUCGUGUGUGUGUGUGACACUAAAUACUGGCAGAGAAACUGGGUAAUUUACUAGGCAUGUAAAACUUUAUUUUUUAUUUUUCCCAGACUGCACUGCGUAAUGAAAGGUGACGACUUGUGAACGAACACAAACUUCCUGUGUAAUGGCAUUAAGAAUGCUGCCGAAUUGUUUGCUUCAAUCAUUAUUGCAGUUUGCUGGGGGUGGCGUUUCCCUGGAUCAUAUAGCAAUGUAAUGUUUUGACAACUUUACACUGUAUAAACUUGGUUUUUCUUUUUCCUUAUCGCUUCAUUUUAUUAGUUACAUAGUCAUUUGGCAUUCCAGGUGUAACU